AUGCCUGUUAUAAAAGUGAAAACUAAUCACAAAAGGGUCUCGGAUGGAUUCGAAGUGAGUUCAUCGGAAGAAUCUUGUUAAUCCAUUCUUUUCAUUUCAGGUCAGAUUGGCUGUUGUCAUGGCAAAAGUAAUGAAUCGGCCGGAAAGCCAGAUCUUUGUGGCGGUUAGUUUCUGUGCUCUUCUUCAAUUGAAGACUGAAAAAUGUCGCAGAUAGACUCAAACGUGCGGAUGGCACGUGGCCAACUGACGGACCCUCUUGCAAUCAUCGAUGUCACCUCUUCGACCCAUCUGACUGCAGAAUUGACCGAGGAGUACACGGUGGCCCUCUGCGAGUUCUUCCAGCAGGAAUUGCUCUUCGAUUCGGACUCUGUGCUCAUAAACUACCGGACAAUAAGUCCCGAACUCAUCGGAUUCAACGGCCACAUUCUCGGGGAGAACCGCCCGUUUUGGACCAGAGACCGUUGCAUUUCCGCCCUUCUCGCUGUAAUCGUCAUUUCAUUCUUUGUGAACUACUUCAGGAGCGAAUGA